GUCAAUAAUUCAUGAAUCCCUCCGUCUCCUUCUUCGAAGUGUGUUCUUCUACUUAAAAUCAUUUUCGUGUAUAGAAAUUAAUUCCAGUGUUUGAUUUUUGCCAAUCACGUAACCAUGGGGAACCAACUUUGCAAAGGAAGAAAAUCAAGAACCAAGAAAAGGCCAAUGGGUUUCAUCCAUAACCAAGCUUCACCCUCUCACACAGGAAUUAGAACUGUGGGUGUUGAGAAAGUUUGUAACUUUUCCACUGAUUCUGAUCUCUGCAUCUCCAUAGCCACUUGGAACAUGAAUGGCCAGGUUACGUUUGAAGAUUUAGCAGAAAUGGUUGGUAGCAAUCGUGAGUUUGAUCUUCUGGCCGUUGGGUUGCAAGAGGCUCCUCCAUGUCCGCGAAACAAAGUUGAACCUAUGCUUUCAGCAGCUCUGGAUGAAAGUCAUACCCUGAUAGGUAAAGUUAUCAUGCAAUCUUUGCAGUUGUAUCUGUUUGGGCCAAAGGAUGCAAGAUCAUUCAUCAAUGAAUUGAAGGUAGACAAACAAUCUUUUGGAGGCUGUGGAGGAAUAAUUGGAAGAAAGAAAGGGGCUGUAGCAAUUCGCAUAAACUACAAAGGCAUUAGAAUGGUGUUCAUCUCGUGCCACCUCGCAGCUCAUGAACGCAAUGUGGAAGAAAGAAAUUCACAAUGCAGACACAUAUCACACAGGCUAUUUUCCAAGUUCUGGAACCCUUAUGCAAGACCCUCCCACAUUACUAUCUGGUUAGGAGAUUUAAACUAUAGGCUUCAAGGGAUUCAUACAUACCCUGCUAGAACUUUGAUACACCAAGAUCUUCAUAGGCGUUUGCAUAACAAGGACCAGCUUCUGCAAGAAGCAAGUCGAGGGCAAAUUUUCAACGGCUUUUGUGAGGGAACGUUGACUUUCAAACCAACCUAUAAGUACAACAAAGGAAGUAGCAACUAUGAUACAAGUCACAAGGUACGAGUGCCAGCAUGGACAGAUCGUAUAUUGUACAAGAUAGAAGACGAAAAUAAGAUGGAAGCAAGUCUGCAUUCAUACGAGUCCAUUGAUAAAAUAUACGGUUCUGACCAUAAACCAGUAAAGGCACAUCUCUGCUUAAGACUUCGUCAAAUUCCAACAAAAACCUAGUCAUUGCCAAACAAGACACUAGAAUCAUUCUUUCUUUCGUAUUUAAUUCUUAUAUGCAACUACAUCCUUCAUCAGCAAAUGUUUAUUACAUAUAUAAUCAUUUGUAAUUCCAUGACAGUG